AUGAAAUAUUUAAUUAAAAUUAGUCUUAAUCAGUCACAUCCGGUUGUGAAUGGCAGUUUCAACAAAUUCACUGAUAUUCAAAGUUUCACACCGAAAUUCCCGUUCAAAUAUUUUGAUACUGAAGUCAAAAGAUUUGAUUUUUACUCUACUGGUAUAAUAAGUGUAUUCAAAGAUGAAUACUUCGGAUUGAUUAUGGGUCACCGUUCAUUGGAUAACAAUGCUGAAUAUGAGGUUUUGAAUAGCGAGGAAUUACUUGCUGCUAAGUGGUCUGUCAAAAGUGAAGAAGAGGAUGGUACACAGGUUACGUCCAAUAUAACUUAUCUGAUAUAUCCAAAUGGGAAGAUAUCUUUUUAUUAUGACAAUAUUCCUACAAAAAUUGAUAGAAGUAAAUGGAAAGCGAAACUCGCCCAUGCGGACAAGCGUAAAGGAGAUUAUGAAUUUGUUGUUCCUGAUGAAUGGAUAAUAAGAGGCAUGUCGGUGGAGUUUGAAUACAUCGGGACCUAUUGUCCAAAAUACAAUUCGAGUGAGGCAUGCAACAACGCCUUCAAUACUCUGUGUUCAGGUUCUUCUUGUAUUCCAUCCUCUCAACGUCAUACUGUAGAGGUUAUUAUCUUGAAAUGUACUUAG